AUGCGGAGCAACUACAAUUGCACCGUAGCUUCACCAUGUUGUCCAAUUGGUGCGCACCAGCAGUUAAAUCGCCUGCCAGAGCCGAGACCGAUUUUGCCCAGCCACAUGGCCGUUUCAUUUCAGAACUCGCCUCAUAACACGAUGACGUCCCCAACAACGGUAACUGCCCCACCACGACCAGUAUACAACUCAUUUGCAUCGCGCAAGCGGUCGUCUCCGCCCGUGAAGCCUCUGCCGGAAGAUGUAGCAUGGCUUAAAGACAUUAGGCUCGAAAUGGGUACGACCAACUCCAUUCGUACUUCCGUGUAUUAUGUGAUUCGCGUCACCUACCAACCCACGGGCACCGCAGCAACGAACUGGGACGUGAAGCGCACGUUUGACGAGUACAAGUGGUUUCAAAAGCGUCUACUGGGUCAUCUACAGCCCAAACAUAGCUGCAAAGCUGAAUGUCGAUGGCUCAACAGCACUAUCAAGAAACACUUUCCUAAGCCAACGCUUGGCUCGCGCUACCCUCCAGUGGUUGAACAGCGUCGCAAGGCACUGCUACAGAUUUUGACUACUGUUCAGGCGUCGGUUGUCAAUCACGGCAACCGUAACUGCAAGGUUAUGCUGGAAGCCGUAAGUCACGAGCUUUCUUCUUUCCUCGUGGGCGACGUCGACCAGAGUUUCGUUGGCGUGACGCCUCCCGUAACGCCGACGGCAAGUUCCGAGAUGGAAACGUCAGCUGAGUCGCGACUGUCGUUCGCGUCUUCUGUUUCGUCUGAAGAAGUCGAAGUAGACACCAUCAAUUAUGAUGCGGAUACGUUUACCGGCUGGAGUCUCCCUAUUGAGCACCUCAACCUCGAACCCACCAUAAACUUGCUCGUAUAA